AUGGGAAAAAGAGGUAUAAUAUUGAUCAUUGAAUUUGUCAUUUAGAUGGGAUUUGAUGAAAUAAGUUCAAAAUCAACUAAUAUAACUAUAAAAAAUAGUCCAUAGAAAAAGCAGUAGAAACAGUUGAAGAAUAGUCAAUCACUUGGGUUAAAUGCAGAUGAUACAAAGAGAAAAGAAUUUGAAAAGGUUCAAAGACUCAAGGAAGCCUUUGAUAAGGAACAAAAACUAAAAUCAAAAGGAGAAGCCCCACCAGGUCCAGAAAGUUAUAAAAUUAAAUAUGACUUUGUUGAGAAAAAAAGCACUGGAUUCUCUUUCAGUAAGUAGAAAAGGGAAGUAGAUUCAAAACUUACAAUAAAGGAUAACAAAAUCUAGAAAACUGAUGAUAGAUUUAUGCUUUACCCAAAUAUAGAUGCAGUUAGAUCUAAUCAUCAUGCUAGUAAAACUAUCAUUAAAAAACCUAAUCCAAAACCUUCUGAACUCUUACCAAAAUUUUCACCUUCAAAAGAAUCUGAUAGAUUGUCAGAAGUCAGUACUUAAGCUUCAGAAGCAGCCUACUUAUAGAAAAAGCAAAAGCAAGGAAUCAGUAUUGCUCCUAUUCCUUUAUCAAAGUUAUCUGAUUUUGAACUAGAGAGAUACUUAAGGUUUAUGCUAAGAAAAAACCCUCAUUUAGUUAAACAGAGGUAGAUUUAUCACAAUCCAUCUUUCGCAGCAGUUGAGAAAAGAGUUCCAGGACCGAAGAUUGUUAGCAAAAAGAAUUAAUCAGUUUUAGCUAUUGAAAGAGCCCUAGAGGAGAGAAGACGACCAAACGUCUACACCUAUAGUCCAGAUGAUAGAAAAGUUAAAUCAAAACUUCCUUUAUACACAUUUCCUAAAUCUAAAAAAGGUGAGAGAACUCCUUCUCCUGAUAGAAGAAAAGCACUUAUUAUUGAUGAAAGCUAGAUUAGAAAUAGAGUGCCAUAGAUUGCAAUUUUACCUGAACAUAACAUCAGAGAUUCAGAGCUUCUUAAAGAGUAUGAGAAAACUAGAUUAGGACCAACAUCAUACAAAGUCUCUUACAACCUUACAGAAAGGAGACCAGAUUUUGGUAUCGUUAAAAUAAAACAACCUAUUAAUCCAAUAAAUGAGGAAGAAGAGGAAGAUGAUAGACCUUUACUUUAUCCAAAGUACGAUUUAGUCUAACCAAAUAAGCUUGUUUUCAAAUACUAUGAGCCAUUAUAAGAUUUAAGACCAGAGCAUACUCCUGAGAAAGAAAUGCAUCCCCCUAGAUGGAAAUUUUACGAUUACGAUCUAGAUGCUGUUAGAGAGUAAGUUGCAAAGGAUAUUGCAUUUGCUAGAAAUAUGAGUCCAGAGAAAUUUAAGUAGAAGGAAGAAUUUCAUGAUAUUCUUGUUGAACAUCUUUAAAGAUUAGAAAAAAGACCAGCAGUUGGUUAGUACGACCCUGACAGACCUGAAACUAAAUUUCCAAUCGAUUUCUCUAAAGCUUAAGGAAGAGAGAUAUACAUUGAUCCAGAGCAUUUGAAAGAGAUGGAUAUAGAAGGGGAUGUACUUAUUCUUGAUCCAGAUAAGAUAAGAAAAAGAGUGCCGGGAGUAGACUUCGAAAAGUAAAUUCCAAGAGAAGCUGAAAAGUAUGAAUCAGAAGAUAUAAAUAUGCACUAAGAACUUAUAUUAGAACCAAACAUUGAUGUAAUCAGAAAAAGGAAAUAAUUCCUUGUUGUUGAUUUUGAUAAAUAAGUUGGUAGAGAAGAGAGGAAACACAUAGAUGAUGAUGAGUACUAUGUUAAUAAUUUGAGUUAUGGAGAAAUAAGGCCAAAUGAUCCUGCUGAUAAAAAAGUUGUAGCUUAUGAUUUUGGUAAAAAAGAAGAGAGAUUUAAAAUAGAUAUGAGAAGGGAAUUAGGUUUAGAGCCAGAUGAAGUUAUAAUUGAGCCCUAGCUAUUAGAUAAAAAAGUAAAGGGAAAUGUAAAUAUGGAUAAGGAUAAAGUCGAAAGAUUUCCAGACAAAGUUAGCAAAGAUCCAUUUUAUAACGAUUAACCAUUGACAGAGCUGAAUAUUGAUAUAGACAAAGCUAUUUAAGCAACAAAGCCAAACAUACCAGUAGUUGAUUUCAAACGAUAUGAAAAGGUGAAAGAAAAAGAGCAUCAAGAUUUGAAGUAUAUUAGAGAGAUGAUAGAAGAAAUAAAAUAGAAAGAUUAAUAAACAAAAAAGGAAUAGAAAGAAAAAUUCAAAGUUGAUAAGAUUUUCCCUUAGAAUGGCAAAAAGCCUGCUGUCAAGAAAGGAGUUAAAGGUGUUGUAAAAGUAUCUCAAGGAAAAACUAAAAAAUCAGCGUUGGAUGCUGAUGCUGAGAUUGAUAAAUAUCUCAAAGAAUUAGGUCUUGAUUGA